UUUCGCACAGUCAUCCUCUUGGGCAGCCCGCUCAGCUGUGGCGUGGGGCCCUUGGGGCCCCGCGGGGCACGUGCAGGAGGAAGUGUCCCUGUCCGCUCGGCCCUAGUCGGUCCCGCAACGUGGAGCCAUGGGAGGCCUGGAGAAGAAGAAGUAUGAACGAGGUUCUGCCACCAACUAUAUCACCCGAAACAAAGCCCGGAAGAAGCUGCAGCUGAGCCUGGCUGACUUCAGGCGGCUGUGCAUCCUGAAGGGCAUUUAUCCCCAUGAACCCAAACAUAAGAAGAAAGUUAACAAGGGCUCCACAGCAGCCCGAACGUUUUACCUUAUCAAAGAUAUCAAGUUUCUCCUCCAUGAACCCAUUGUCAACAAGUUCCGGGAAUACAAGGUAUUUGUUCGGAAGCUCCGGAAGGCCUAUGGGAAGAGCGAAUGGAAUGCUGUGGAGCGCCUGAAGGACAAUAAGCCCAACUACAAACUUGACCACAUUGUCAAGGAGCGGUACCCCACAUUUAUCGAUGCUCUUCGGGAUCUAGAUGACGCCUUGUCCAUGUGCUUCCUCUUUUCCACCUUCCCACGCACAGGCAAGUGCCAUGUUCAGACUAUUCAGCUGUGUCGCCGGCUCACUGUGGAGUUUCUGCACUAUGUCAUUGCUGCCCGUGCCCUGCGCAAGGUCUUCUUGUCCAUCAAAGGCAUUUAUUACCAGGCUGAGGUGCUAGGACAGCCCAUUGUGUGGAUCACACCCUAUGCCUUCUCCCAUGAUCAUCCAACGGACGUGGACUACAGGGUCAUGGCCACCUUCACUGAGUUCUACACCACCCUUCUGGGCUUUGUCAACUUCCGCCUCUACCAGUCACUCAACCUUCACUACCCACCCAAGCUUGAGGGUCAGGCCCAAGCAGAGACAAAGGCCAGUGAGGACACAUACGCGUUAGACUCUGAGAGCUCUAUGGAGAAACUGGCAGCCCUCAGUGCCAGCCUGGCCCGUGUGGUGGUGCCUGCCGUGGAGGAAGAGGCCGAGGCCGACGAAUUUCCUGCUGAUGGGGAGAUGGCAGCACAGGAGGAAGACCGCAGGAAGGAGCUGGAGGCACAGGAAAAGCACAAGAAACUCUUCGAGGGCCUGAAGUUCUUCCUGAACCGAGAGGUUCCCCGUGAGGCUCUGGCCUUCAUCAUCAGGAGUUUUGGUGGGGACGUGUCCUGGGACAAGUCUUUGUGCAUCGGAGCCACUUAUGAUGUCACAGACUCCUGCAUCACCCAUCAGAUUGUUGAUCGGCCUGGGCAGCAAACCCCCAUCAUUGGCAGGUACUAUGUGCAGCCCCAGUGGGUGUUUGACUGUGUGAAUGCCCGGCUCCUCCUCCCAGUGGCAGACUAUUUCCCUGGGGUGCAGCUGCCCCCACACCUUUCGCCCUUCGUAUCUGAGAAGGAAGGAGAUUAUGUUCCCCCUGAGAAGCUGAAGCUGCUGGCUCUGCAGCGGGGAGAAGAUCCAGGAAACUUGAAAGAAUCAGAGGAGGAGGAGGAAGAAGAGGAAGAAGAUGAAGGGGAUGAUAAUGGAGAAGAAAAUGAGGAGGAGGAAGAUGCAGAGACUGGUUCAGAGAAAGAGGAGGAGGUGCACCUGUCAGCCUUGGAGGAGCAGAGGAUAGAAGGAAAGAAGCCCCAGGUGAUAGCGGGCACUGUGAAGUUGGAAGACAAGCAGCGGCUGGCCCAAGAGGAGGAAAGUGAGGCCAAGCGCCUGGCCAUCAUGAUGAUGAAGAAGCGGGAAAAGUACCUUUAUCAGAAGAUCAUGUUUGGCAAGAGGCGUAAAAUCCGAGAGGCCAAUAAGCUGGCAGAGAAACGAAAGGCCCAUGAUGAAGCUGUGAGGCCUGUGAAGAAGGCCAAGAGGGCAAGGCCCAUGUGAGCUCCAGUGGCCCCUUACUGAGAGAAGGCCACCCCCUGGCAUUUGGACAUGGCAAAACCAAGUCAUUGGGCCUAAGCUUGGUGACAGACUAGAAUUGCUUAUUUUGUUUCUCUCUGUCUCACUCCUUUUCUCUCAUUUCUCAUACACACCACACACACACACACCCAGAGGGUGUGGUAAUGUGUGGGCAGCUCUAGCCUCCCAUGGAGUUCUUGCUGGUAUC